AGUGGACUCAGCUGUCCCUGUUUCUAAAGAGAAGAAUCACCACCUUAUGGCUGGGGUUUUGCGUCCAGUAUUUCAGAGGCCUCCAGGCAGACUGCAGACUGUGAAAAAAGGUGUAGACUCUCUGACUGGCACCGACUGGAUUCGUCACAAAUUUACCAAAUCAAGAAUCCCAGAUAAAGUGUUUCAGCCUAGCCCUGAAGAUCAUGAAAAAUAUGGAGGGGACCCCAAGAACCCUCAUAAGCUGCAAAUUGUUACUAGAAUAAAAAGUACAAAACGGCGUCCAUACUGGGAAAAAGAUAUGACCAAGAUGCUUGGACUACAGAAGGCACACACCCCUCGAAUUCACAAGAACAUCCCUUCCGUGAAUGCAAAGUUGAAAGCGGUUAAACACUUGAUACGCAUCCAGCCCCUGAAGCUGCCACAAGGACUUCCCACUGAAGAGACCAUGUCGAGCACGUGCCUCAAGAGCACUGGCGAGUUGGUGGUGCAGGGCACCUGAAGCCCGUGGAGCAGGAAGCCAAGUCCUGAUGCCACACAGCUCGAGAUAGAAUGGUUACU